GAGAUCCAACGCUUCGAGUCGGUACACCCCAACAUCUACGCCAUCUACGACUUGAUCGAGCGAAUCGAGGAUUUGGCGCUGCAAAACCAGAUCCGGGAGCACGUCAUCUCCAUCGAGGACUCAUUUGUGAACAGCCAGGAGUGGACCCUUAGCCGCUCUGUGCCGGAGCUUAAAGUGGGCAUAGUGGGGAACCUGUCUAGUGGGAAAUCAGCCUUGGUUCACCGAUAUCUGACAGGGACCUACGUCCAAGAAGAGUCCCCUGAAGGGGGUCGGUUUAAGAAGGAGAUUGUGGUGGAUGGCCAGAGUUACCUGCUGCUGAUCCGAGAUGAAGGAGGCCCCCCUGAACUCCAGUUUGCUGCCUGGGUGGAUGCGGUGGUGUUUGUGUUCAGCCUGGAGGAUGAAAUCAGCUUCCAGACGGUGUACAACUACUUCCUGCGCCUCUGCAGCUUCCGAAAUGCCAGCGAGGUGCCCAUGGUGCUGGUGGGCACACAGGAUGCCAUCAGUGCCGCCAAUCCCCGGGUCAUUGACGACAGCAGGGCCCGCAAGCUGUCCACAGACCUGAAGCGCUGUACCUACUAUGAAACAUGUGCAACCUAUGGGCUCAAUGUGGAACGAGUCUUCCAAGAUGUGGCCCAGAAAGUGGUAGCCUUGCGGAAGAAGCAGCAGCUGGCCAUCGGGCCCUGCAAGUCUCUGCCCAACUCACCCAGCCACUCGGCCGUGUCUGCUGCCUCCAUCCCAGCUGUGCACAUCAAUCAGGCCACGAACGGCGGCGGCAGCGCCUUCAGCGACUACUCAUCCUCAGUCCCCUCCACCCCUAGCAUCAGCCAGCGGGAGCUGCGCAUCGAGACCAUCGCUGCCUCCUCCACCCCCACGCCCAUCCGCAAGCAGUCCAAGCGGCGUUCUAACAUCUUCACGUCUCGAAAAGGUGCUGACCUGGACAGGGAGAAGAAAGCUGCCGAGUGUAAAGUGGACAGCAUUGGGAGCGGCAGGGCCAUCCCCAUCAAGCAGGGGAUCCUGCUGAAAAGGAGCGGCAAAUCCUUGAACAAGGAGUGGAAGAAGAAGUAUGUGACGCUGUGUGACAACGGGUUGCUUACUUACCACCCUAGCCUGCACGAUUACAUGCAAAACAUCCACGGCAAAGAGAUUGACCUCCUUCGGACGACGGUGAAGGUGCCAGGGAAGCGCCUGCCCCGAGCCACACCCACUACAGCCCCAGGCACCAGUCCCCGUGCCAACGGGGUGGCCAUGGAGCGGAGUAACACACAGCUGGGUGGGGCCACAGGUGCCCCCCACUCGGCCAGCAGCACAUCCCUGCAUUCUGAGCGCCCUCACAGCUCAGCCUGGGCUGGCUCACGCCCCGAGGGGCUGCACCAGCGCUCCUGUUCGGUUUCCAGCACUGACCAGUGGAGUGAGGCAGUUGCCCUGCCCACCAGCAUGCAGCACCCUGCCAGUGGCCCAGCUGAGUCACUCAGUUCCAGCCCCAAGCUGGAGCCUCCCCCAUCUCCCCACUCCAACCGGAAGAAGCACCGCCGGAAAAAGAGCACCGGGACCCCCCGACCAGACGGCCCCAGCAGUGCUGCCGAAGAGGCAGAGGAGUCCUUUGAGUUUGUAGUGGUGUCCCUCACUGGUCAGACCUGGCACUUCGAGGCCUCAACAGCAGAAGAGCGGGAGCUGUGGGUGCAGAGCGUGCAGGCCCAAAUCCUCGCCAGCCUACAAGGAUGUCGCAGCGCCAAGGACAAGACUCGGCUGGGGAACCAGAACACAGCCCUGGCUGUGCAGGCUGUCCGCACGGUCCGUGGAAACAGCUUCUGUAUUGACUGCGAAGCUCCCAAUCCAGACUGGGCCAGCCUGAAUCUGGGUGCCCUGAUGUGUAUCGAGUGUUCAGGGAUCCACCGACACCUGGGAGCUCACCUGUCCCGAGUCCGCUCCUUGGACCUUGAUGACUGGCCACCUGAACUGCUAGCUGUCAUGACUGCAAUGGGCAAUGCCUUAGCUAACAGUGUCUGGGAGGGGGCUCUGGAUGGCUACUCAAAGCCAGGCCCCGAAGCCUGCAGGGAGGAGAAGGAGCGCUGGAUCCGGGCCAAGUAUGAACAGAAGCUCUUCCUGGCCCCGCUGCCAAGCUCAGAUGUGCCACUGGGACAGCAGUUACUCCGGGCUGUGGUGGAGGAUGACCUGCGGCUGCUGGUGAUGCUGCUGGCCCAUGGGUCCAAGGAGGAGGUGAAUGAGACAUACGGGGACGGUGAUGGGAGGACAGCCCUGCACCUAUCCAGCGCCAUGGCCAAUGUGGUGUUUACACAGCUGCUUAUCUGGUACGGAGUGGACGUGAGGAGCCGUGAUGCCCGAGGCCUGACCCCACUGGCCUAUGCCCGCCGUGCCGGCAGCCAGGAGUGUGCAGACAUCUUGAUCCAGCAUGGUUGCCCUGGGGAGGGCUGUGGGUUAGCACCCACUCCCAACAGAGAGCCUGCCAAUGGCACCAACCCCUCCUCAGAACUACACCGCAGCCCUAGUAUCCUAUGAAGCUCAGGAAGAGGGCAGAGGGACCAGAAGGACUCCAUGGCCUGCAGGGAACAGAAGGAGAAGCAGGGGUAUGCAGAGAAGGGAGUGACGAGGGUACAGGGGUGGUGACGAGGUUUGGGAUUGAGCUGCAGCGGGAUGGAGCAGGAUGCAUUGUUCAGCCCUCAGCCCUAUGGUGCCAUUAAAGGACAGACCCCUUUGGAGGUACCUGUGAGGAGAGGGGAGCAGGACCUCUCCCUCCUCCAGAACCCUGCCUCCUCAUGACAGCUCCCACAAGCCUUCCCUGCAGCGGGUGGGGAAGGAAUGACACAGGACGGGGGUGCCACAUGAAAGACAAGGGGCCAAUCUGUGAGUCCCAUGUAAAAUUUGUACAUUGGAAUAUUUAUGUUCGUGUAUAUACGUGGUGUGUGUGUAUGAUGAGCCAAUAAAGCAGGCUGUAUGUGUGGCCUCAUUUC